UGAAGCAAUUUCACUUCCUCCCCCUCUCAUCCCUGCGAAUGGUAGAAUGCUUCAGAGCUUUGCUCGAUAACUGCAAAUCCUGGUCUCGUCUAAAGCAAAUUCAUGCGCUGCUAACAACCUCGGGUCUCUCCAAAAUCGACCCUUUUUCGUGGAAGAUCCUCUCCUUCGCUGCAACUUCUGCUUCAUCCGACAUCAACUAUGCUCACCGCUUUUUCCUUCACCUCUCCAACCCCACGCUCUUCCACUACAAUGCACUCAUACGGGGCUUCGCCAACAGCAGUAACCCAGCUAAAUGCUUCCUCAUUUUCGCCAAAAUGUUGCUGAAUGCCGUCGUCCCCGACUAUCUCACGUACCCUUUUCUCGCUAAGGCGGCGGCCCGCCUCUCGGACCGGAAAGCCGGUGGGUGUAUCCAUGCCCAUGUGUUGAGAAGUGGCCUUGCCUCCGAUUUAUUCAUUUGCAAUUCCUUUAUUCAUAUGUAUGGAUCUGCCGGUGAAGCGGCGAGUGCGAGGAAGGUGUUCGACGAAAUGCCGAUGAGGAAUUUCGUUUCUUGGAAUUCAAUGCUGGAUGGGUAUGCCAAAUCCGGGGAUGUGAGCUCGAUGAGGCUAGUGUUCGACGAAAUGCCUGAAAGGGACAUCGUGUCGUGGAGCGCUCUGAUUGAUGGCUAUGUCAAGGACGGCGAUCACAAGGAAGCACUGGUGGUUUUUGAGGCGAUGAGAGCUGACGGCCCGAAGGCGAAUGAUGUGACAAUGGUUAGCGUUUUAUGCGCUUGCUCUCACCUCGGUGCACUCGAGCAAGGGAGAGCUAUGCACCAAUACAUAGCCGAGGAAGGCCUCCCUCUGACUCUCGUGUUGAGGACCUCCCUCGUGGACAUGUAUGUGAAGUGUGGAGCUAUCAGCGAGGCGUUGGUCUUGUUUCACGAGGUCAAAACAAGAAAGACUGAUGUUUUGCUGUGGAACGCCGUGAUUGGAGGGCUUGCCACUCACGGCCUUACCUCAGAGGCGCUAGGAAUUUAUGCCGAGAUGCAGGAUUUGGGAAUCAGACCAGACGAGAUCACUUACUUGUGCUUGAUGAGCGCCUGCGCCCACGGAGGCCUUGUGGACGAGGCGUGGGGAUAUUUCAAGUCUAUAACAAGGGAGGGCAUGGUGCCAAAGAGUGAGCAUUAUGCUUGCAUGGUGGAUGUUCUAGCGCGAGCAGGGCGUCUAGACGAAGCAUGCCAGCUUGUUUGUGAAAUGCCGAUGGAACCAACCCCAUCGACUUUAGGGGCGUUACUGAAUGGCUGCAUAAACCAUAGAGAGUUUGAUCUUGCUGAGAUAGUGGGGAAGAGGCUUGUUGAGUUGGACCCUGCUCACGAUGGCCGGUAUAUUGGGCUGUCGAAUGUGUAUGCUGUGGUGAGGCGAUGGGACAAAGCGAGGAGCACUAGAGAAGCCAUGGAGUCAAGAGGCGUGAGGAAGUCCCCUGGUCAUAGCUGUGUGGAGGUUUGUGGAGUUCUUCAUAGAUUUACUGCUCAUGAUAAGGCACAUCCUGAAAUAGAGGAGAUUUAUUUGAUGUUGGUUGUGAUUGGUGAAGAGAUAAAAUUAAAAUCAGAUGAUUCUGAAAGACAAGAUUUUGUAAGUAGUUUAAACUGAGGACUUGUUAAAGUUUUUGAUUAUCUUUUUAUGUAGGUAUAAUAGACCAACAACUGCCAA